AUGUCUAAAACUGUAAGAAGUGGAAAACCCAAUUGUUUAUCCCACCAUUGUUUGACAAAACUUCUGGUAGUCAAAGAAUUGAAGUUGUUGUCUCCACCUCGUGAUUGGGAGUCACUUGUCAAUUCUCAAGAUGAUGAGGACACACAGCCCUCUGAGGAAGAGGAAUCUCCAGGAGAGGGUUACUCCAAAGAUAAGUCUUAUGAUGAGGCGUCUGUUUCUGAGGAUGAGGCUUCUGAAGAGGAGUCUACUUCUAAAGGAAUUGAAUCAUCUAGUGAAAAUGAGGAAAUUAAUUUAGUGGUCCUGUUUGAAGUAACUAAAAAACGGGGAAAAUUCAACAGGGAAUUUAGUAAGGAAAAGCGGCAAAAGGUGAAAGAACGGGAACUCCCUAAAUCCAGGAAACAAGCAAUUAAGUCUCCAGAGGAUUCCCCUAAAAGUGAUCAAGAGGAUGUGCAAAGUACCUCGCAUGGUAGUCCAUUACUUGUAGAUGAUCAAAAUAAGGAAACAAGGGAUGCCACUCCAAAGGAAACAGGGGACGUGCCAUCAACAGAAAAAGCACAUGAGAAGGAGAAAAUAGAUGAGUUGGUUGAUAAUAGUGUUCGAUCAUCCAGGACUAAGAGACAGGAAGCCGAAGAGGAAUUUGAGGAGGAAGACCCUAAAGUGAUAAAGGAGAAAGAGUUUCAGGAUUUGCAAGACAACGUGGUCAAACUACAGAUAGAGAAUCAGACUUUACUUGAGAUGCUACAAGAAGCACACUCUGUUAUCAAUUCACAGACAUAA